AUGAAGAAAAAGAUUCUGCCGAUCACUUUACAAGUGGCAGUUUUGUUACAAUUUCUCAUAGUGUCUGCUUCGGCCUUGACCUCCACAAAAUACAUAGAUAAAUUAUGUGAGAUGCAAUCCGUUGAAGACAAAACCUUUUGUUUGCAAACGUUGAGCGCCAAUCCUCUUGCGGCUUCCGCCACUGGCUUGCUCCCACUUGCGGAAGUCGUGAUCAGGGGCAUUGACUUACCCUAUGCCAAGUUGUUGGUGAAAUCUGCAGAUAGAGCAAUAGAAAAGAUACCGGCUCUGAAGGAACAGUUCAAGGAGUGCCAAGAUUCCUUCCUUCGCAUAGUAAUGUCUCUCAAGAGUGCUGCUUCAGAGCUCAAGGUAUCUCCAGACACCGCCAACUAUGAUGCUAUGAUUUGUUUCGACGAAACAAAGCGAGUGAAGGAGGUGAUCGGGAAAAACGAAGACGUGACUUCGAAGAGUCUCAUAGAGAUGACAUUGCGUAUGGAGAAGCUCAUUUUUCUUGCUCUUGGAGCCACCGAAGUUGUUGGAGGAUGA